GUGGUCUCCAGAUAGCUGAAGAACAUUGGAAGAGUUAAAGAAGGGUCCCUCCCCCCCUCUUCUCUCCAUGUGAAGGGGAAAGGCUUUGCCCUAGCAAAACCUUGAACAUCUCAGUCUUCCUCCAUGGACAAAGGACGUACAUUACCUCAAGACUUGGGAGAAUUUCUGCACUGCCUGAGGAUGAGGAGCAAGUUUGCCAUCUUCCUGGUGUUUGUAGUAGCCCUUGUCAUUAUUGAGAAGGAAAACAACAUAAUAUCAAGGGUGUCAGACAAACUGAAACAGUCUCCACUGUCCCUUCUGGAAAUCAACAGCACAGACCCUGGCUUGGUGUUGUCUGAGAAUGGCUCCCUCAUGUCACUCAGUGAACUGGAUUCAGCUUUCUCCCAGCUCAAGAAGAGGCUUCAGAAUGUCACCUUGCAACUUAGGGGAACGAGGGAGCCUUUUCUGGCACCUGCUAAGGGAACUCGAAAGCAUGUGCUCCUAAUGGCCACCACACGCACGGGUUCCUCUUUUGUAGGAGAGUUCUUCAACCAACAGGGCAACAUUUUCUACCUCUUUGAGCCACUUUGGCACAUUGAAAGGACAGUGUCUUUUGAGCCCGGUGGUGCUAAUGCUGUGGGAUCAGCCCUUGUCUACAGAGAUGUUUUGAAGCAGCUUUUCCUCUGUGAUCUCUACAUUUUGGAGAACUUCAUAAUUCCAUUCCCAGAGGAUCACCUGACUCAGUUUAUGUUUCGGCGUGGUUCAAGCCGCUCUUUGUGCGAGGAGCCUGUCUGCACGCCUUUUGUCAAGAAAGUCUUUGAGAAGUACCACUGCAAGAACCGCCGCUGCGGUCCCUUGAACAUGACCCUCGCUGUAGAAGCCUGCCUGCGCAAAGACCACAUGGCACUUAAGUCAGUGCGGAUUCGGCAGCUGGAGUUUUUGCGCCCCCUGGUUGAAGAUCCUCGACUGGACAUGAGGAUAAUUCAACUGGUACGGGACCCGCGAGCAGUGCUGGCUUCUCGAAUGGUGGCUUUUUCAGGGAAGUACGAAACGUGGAAGAAAUGGGCUACUGAAGGUGCAGCGACCAUCAGUGAUGAUGAAGUACAGAGGCUACGAGGGAACUGUGAGAGCAUCCGGCUCUCAGCUGAACUCGGUUUGAGGCAGCCAGCAUGGCUACGGGGUCGCUACAUGCUGGUCCGCUAUGAGGACAUUGCCAGGUCCCCACUCCAAAAAGCCAAGGAGAUGUACAAAUUCACUGGCAUUGCCAUCACACCUCAGGUGGAGGAAUGGAUUCAGAAGAACACCCAGGCGCCUCAGGACAGCAGCGGCAUCUACUCCACCCAGAAAAAUUCCUCAGAGCAGUUUGAGAAGUGGCGAUUCAGCAUUCCCUUCAAGCUUGCCCAGGUGGUACAGAAUGUCUGCAGCCCAGCCAUGAACCUAUUUGGCUACAAGCUGGCCAGCAGCCCCGAGAUCCUCAUAAACAGAUCCAUCAGCUUGCUAGAAGAGAGGCGGACCUUCAGGGUCACGUAAAAGUAGUCUUUGCUGAUGGACUUUCUCUAUCUUGGUGUUCUGUGGGAUGGCAAAGAGGGAACACAAGGAUGACCGGGGAAGGAACGCUUAAGUGGAAAGGCUGAGGGUGAGAGGAAGCCAUGGCUGGCUGGGCCACCUCAUGCACCUGCUUCUCCUGGCAUCUUUGUUUACACAAGGUGCUUUCUGCUUUUUUGGUGGAUUAUCAUGCAGGCCAUGCUUUGACAUGAAGAAGAGUUAAGAAGCUGGUGGGGAACAGAGCAAGGAAUGCUGGGUACCAGCUUCCCUACCUCAUGUCCAUUUUCUCCUCAGUGCAGGCACCACCUCUUCAUUCAUGGGACAUUUAUACAGUAAACAUCCAAAGCAAAAGA